GAUCAUUUCAAGCAGCUUAUCCUCCAUCCAUAGUGGGAUAUGUCAGUUUAUUUUAUUCCAGAAACGAAGUAACCUUGAGAUAUUCCAUCUUUAUGGCUUUAAUCUCCAUUGGUGGUGCUCUUAGUGGACUCGCCUCAUAUUUCAUAGUCCAAAUAUCAGGAACUUCAUUAUUUGGUUUUCAAUGGUUAUUCAUAAUUGAAAACAUCCCAACUUUAGUUAUGGCCUUAAUUAUUGCCGUAUUUUUAACUCAUGGUCCCGGAAACGCCCGCUUCUUCACGCCUGAGGAACGUGAAUUCGCUGUUGAACGGUUAAAAUCAGAAGGAGGUCCAAAUAUGGUUGAUCGUAGCAUCGCCAAAGCUCAAAUAAAACUUGUCUUCACUGAUAUCCUAACUUACAUUUAUAUGAUAUUAUUUAUGCUUACUUCAAUUACAUUCUAUGCUCUUAAUAUCUACCUUCCAACUUUAGUUUACCAACUUGGUUUUAAUGAUGUACGAGCUCAAGUAAUGGUCAUACCACCACUUCUUGUUGCAACCGUAUUUAUGACAAUUAAUUCUUGGUUAUCUGAUAAGUACCUGACAAGGACUUGGAAUAUAUUGGCUUGUUAUUUAUUAGCAAUCAUUGGAUUGACAGGAAUGGUAGCAACGCAAGCCAAUGAUCCUAGUUUAUACAAUUUGAGAUAUUUUUUUACGAUUCUUCUGUCAUGUGGCGCAUACGGUGUUUUACCAGUAGCCUUCAUCGGUCAAUACAAGCGCAGCACGAUGGUCGCAGUAGUAUUAACUUUUGAUCAACUUGGAGGAAUCAUAGGAAUUCUAAUAUUCCCAGCUGAUGAUGCUCCUUCAUUCUUUAUGGGAAAUACCGUAUGCUUAAUUUCAAUAAUCCUUGCAACUAUUAUUACUAUCGGGUUGAAAUUUUACUUGGAAUCAAUAAAUAAGAAACGUGAUUUGGCUAUAUUAGCUGAUAAUGAUUAUAAAUUAGAUGAGAGUGAAUUGAAGAAUAGUAAAUGGAUUAGAGAGAUUGCUAUGAAAUUAGUGGAAAAUGAACCAAUGUUUGAUGAAGUGUUGUGUGAUAAGCAUCCUAAUUGGAG